AUGUCUACGAAUUCUUCAUUAUCAUCUAAAGACUCAUCUUCUUGGGUCAUUCAGAUUCGUAGUUUUUUCAAAGAAAGAGAGCUUGAAGAAGAAGAAGAUGAUGAUAUUGGCAACACAACUAAUGUUUGUGUUUACAAUGUCCCCAAAUCGCUUCGAGCUUUCAAGCCCAAUGCGUAUAGCCCUCAUAUCAUAGCCUUAGGGCCUUACCAUCAUUGGCGCGAAGAUCUCUACGUGAUGGAGCGGUACAAGCUCCUAUGUUCUAAGAGGGUUCAGAAGGAUUUCAUGAACAACCUCAAAUUUGAGGAUCUUGUGAAGAAGCUAGUGAAGAAGGAACACCAAAUUCGAGGGUGUUACAAUAAGUACUUAGACAUGGAUGGAGAGACAAUAGCAUGGAUGAUGGCUAUCGAUGGCCUAUUCUUGCUAGAGUUUCUUCAUGUUUAUGUCAACAAGAGUAAUGAUCUAGCCUCUUCGUCGAGGAUAUCUUUCUUGCUUAACUCGAUGGGGAAGAAGUUGGCUUAUAUAUCCAUCCUCAACGACAUUUUGAUGCUCGAAAACCAAAUUCCUAUAUUUGUAUUGAAGAAGAUUUUACGCAUACAAUGCUCAUCCUCGGACUUGGCAGGAAACUUGUUGCCAUCCGUGUUGAUGGGUGCUUGCAAAGAGCUCUCUCCUCUUGCAAUUAACGAAAACUAUCCAAUUUCCGAGGUUAUCAAAUGCUCACACUUGUUAGAUCUCCUUUACCAUCUCAUUAUUCCGAGAAUGGAGCAAGGUGAUGAAGAAGAGAUAUCGGAAGAAGCACAUCUUUCCAAGAAGCCAAACGACGAAGAGUUGGAUUUUGGUGAGGACAAAGAGGUCUUCACUAAAACAUGGGCGAUUGCCUCCAAACUCGCGGCAAUGAAAAAAUUUAAGGACGUUCUUAUUAGUGCCAAACCUUUCAAGCUACUAGCAAAGUUUCCUUUAAAGAUCAUUUCGAAGUUACCAAUUAUUUCGGCUUUGUCACCCGUGUUAGAGAGUCUUAUUCUAGGAAGUGGCAAAAAUAGUGGCAAGCGCGAAGGUGGUGCUGCGGAAGCUCCAUGUGUAGAGCAGAUUGCAAUUCCCUCGGUCACGAAACUUAACGACGCAGGCGUACAAUUUUGUCCAACAAAUGGUGACAUUUCCACCAUUCGAUUCGAUAAAAAGUUGUUGAAGUUCUACCUUCCUGUGGUUCAUGUCGAUGGUAACACAGAUGUUCUCAUGCGUAAUCUAGUAGCUUAUGAGGCCUCGUCGACCUCAGGGCCUUUGGUGCUAGCGCGUUACACGGAACUAAUGAAUGGUAUUGUUGACACUGCUAAGGAUGCUGGAAUUCUUAGGAAGAGUAACAUCAUAAUAAGUCGACUAGGGAGUAACGCCGAGGUGGCCGAUUUAUGGAAUGGGAUGACAAAAGCCAUUCGAUUAACCAAAGUUCCGUUCAUUGAUACAGCCGUCGAAGAUGCCAAUGCGUAUUAUAACAAUACGUUGAGGAGGAAGUUCCAUAAAAUUAUGAAAAGGUAUGUGUAUAACUCUUGGAGAAUUCUCAUUGUUUUGGCAACUCUUCUACUCUUGGGAUUGAUGGUUCUUCAAUCAUUUUGCUCAGUUUAUAAUUGUCCUCGUCUCUUGAACCUCACUGAUGAUGCCAUUACUCCUACACCUACUAAUUAA